UAGUCGAGCCGAAUCGUUGCAGUUUGACCGACUAAUCGGAAUUUAAUCGGUGUAAAUUCGACACACCUGCAUCUAAGCCAGUCGACUGUACCGCGGAGUUGUGUUUUUUAGUGAUAAUUCGACACAUAUUCGUCCUUAUUUUAACUUUGUUUGCCACGGUCGUAGCGCUAACUGCGUUUAAGUGAGCGUCGUAGUUUUAGCGGUAAACCGUCACAUACGGGUAACUUUUAUUCGCUCCGACCUGUAACGGCUGUCUUUCGCCGUGUUUUCUGGGAUGCGAUGCCGGAGCCGUUAAUAACGGCCACUCCUACAGAGCAGCUGCGCGAGCGCCUGCCCGUCUCGGGGCUGGCGCUGCUGGUGCUCGCGCUGGCCCCGUGCGCGCUGCUCGUGCUGCUGCUGCUCCACUGCCUGCUGCUGGGCUACAAGCUCCUGCGUCUCGCGCAGAGGAGGAAAGGUGCGCGCGGCGGCUCCGAGAGCGCGCUCUCGGGCUCGCGCUCGCGCACGCCGGUGUCCACGCGCCGCUUCUCGUGCGGUCGCGCGACGACCGCCAACUGCUUUUCGUCCGCGCCGGAGCUCGCGCCACCCGUCACGUCGUCGCUCGCGUCGUCGGCGGAGCGGCGCGUGAGGCUGCUGCGGCCAACCGGCGCCACGCACGCGGGCUCGUGGCGGAGAGGGAGCGCGCCGGUCCUGCUGCUGCAGUCCAGCGAGUCGGAGGCGGAGCGAGGCAACGUCGUGCCGCCCAACUCGCCGGAGCCGCUCGCGGCUCCCAGCAGGAGGGUUUCCGUACCUGUAAGGAUGAUGCGGCGGAGUAGCACGAUGGAGUUGGAGCUCAUAUCUCUGGAUAAGGUCCAUGUGGAGGGUGAGAUCAUCAGCAGCAUUCCUCAGGAGGCCUCAUGCUUUGUAGCAUCCACAAGUUUUUCGGCUGCUGGACCCGGGCUUGACAGUGACUUCGGCGCCAGUGCAGGUGUGUCUUUGCGCAUCCUGUCGGCGGACAGCGACGGCUUCCCGGGGGCGACCUGGGCAUCCGGCCUUGAGUGGGAUUAUUACGACCCGAGUUACGUCACGCAGAACCACGUUCCCAAACACAGACACCACGCACCCCCUAUCACAAUCAAACAGUACUGGGUCUGAGACUCAGGGCCGUCAAAGGACUCGGGAACGCUUGGAUGAAAAUUCUGGAAUUCAAAGAAGGCCUGCCUCAAUGUUUUAUCUCUUCACGACACACACUCAUCACAGUUCACACGUCUGAAAUCACGUUUACGGACAGAGUUCCUGCUCUACAGCAGAUUUAGCCAGUGCUGGAGUUCAUGGCUGAGUGUCUGAGAGAAUCACUCACUCGUUAUUCACGGAGCAAGUGAAAUGCGCACCCCCCACCCCCACUGCUGGAUGCACUCACCUAGUACAUUUUGUUUUUUGUGAUUCUCGGCAUUUGAGUUAGUUUUGUCUGAAACGUCACUUGUAAAUGUUUUAAGUUGUUUCUGCGUUGAAUUGUUGACACUGUUCAUCACCUUCACAUUCACACUAACUGAAAUACAAUUUUAAUUUCAUUAACAGAUGGUCCAAAAUAAAAUGAUUAAAAAUGCCAGAAA